GUGUCGAUGUGAAGUGUUUUCCUUAUAAUUUCCCUCUGUAUUGUUUCCAUGUGGUCAUUAUUCAUGCCGCACUUGGCAGGGAAGAGGUUAAAGAUCUUGUAGCGACAGCAACGGGUGGAGACAUGGACUCCGAUGUCACCGUAUUCGAGUUACAAAACGAUUUCUCCAUAAAACAACACAAGGUUCCCCUGAAGUUCCCCCGAGUCAGUAAAAGUCGCCUCUACAUCGUCACCAACCAAAAAACCCAACUUCACCUCCUCUACGAUCCGGCGGUGACCCCAAGAACAGAGGGUGGUGACCAUCAUCACGAGAAGAGUAUAUUCCAGUAUGGAGUGUCCACCAAGAUGUUCUCCGUAACUGACCCAACUGGGACUGCGUGGGAGGUCCGCUUGCUGAUCAGUCCCUCUGAAAUCUCCCGUCUGUCCUCCAACUACAACUUGACGGGUUUUGUCAGUUGUCUGAUUCAGGAAUUGAUCAGGGUUUUCGAUGUAAUGGCAGAACUGUUGACUGUUACACACCAAGGAAAGAGGGUUCAGAUUAUAUUUAGGAAUCCUUGUCCAGAUAACUGGGCGUCGGGGGGCAAGAAACUUGUCACCUCUGGAGAAACGUUUGUGUUCGGAUUAUGUCACAAGGUGGUUUCCCUCUCUGAGGCGGAGUCUGAGAUACAAUUUCUGCAAAAUUUGCAAGAAUCCUACGACAUUGUCUCUGUCUUCCACCUUUCUGCUUUUGUGGAACAUUUAUUGAUGACUUCAUCAUGGAGGAACAGGAUAGAGGUCUUCCUGAAGGAUAAAGACCAAAGGAAGGAGAUAAUUACCGAAAUGUCCUCUUUGGCCGUGAGGUUCCUCUGCAGCAAGACGCGGCAGACGGCCUUCCUGAAGGAGUUUCAAAGUCAAAUGUUGGAAAAGUUCUCCAGUGUAGAAGCAUUUUUAGUGGGCGAUGAAGUAGUAUGCGCUUUCGGAAUCUUGGUGUCCAUUUUGGCCGCAGUCGCAGCCAAGUCCAUUGUAGACAGACCCGUUCCCGAUGAUGAUGAUGAAGAAGUGAUCAUAAAAACAAUAGAUGAAGAUGGAGGUGAAUAUGACCUGUUCGCCAGUCCUGGGGAUUGGGGCGGAGUAAAGAGUGGAGGCAAGAGUGAUGACGUAGAUUUAGGUGGUGCCGAAUCUAAGAUUGGCAGCACCAUUGACCCAGAAACUGAUCAGGGCAGAAUCAACGGCUGUCCGAAAACAGCAGAACCUGUAGCUGAGCCUCCUGGUGAUAGUACACUAGAUACCGAUGACCAGGACAUCGGAAAUGAUAAUGCUGAGGAGAAUUUUCGUAAACAUCCAGAGGUAAAGGUAGUGUGGAAUCUAAAAUUGGCAGCACCAAUGACCAAGGUAUAACAGAUCAGGGCAGUA